AGAAACAAUUAUAAACAAUCAAACACAGUCGCAGCAGCUGAGAGUUUGAUAAGAGCUCUUCACGAGCUACAUUUUUGCUUAAUUGUACUUUUAUUUGUCAAUAAUAUAGUUUUGUGCAGAUAUUGUACGUCUGGAUCGUAAUUUUGUCGUUUUCAGUUAUCUAAGUGUACAUUUUUAUCGUUUCGCAUCUAAAAAUCAUCAACGCACUGAAAACAUUCUAAGAGAUAAUAUUACAUCAGGUAGGUUUAAAACGAGCAUUUAUUUCAAACUCACUCGGCAGUCUAUUAAAUUCACGCACUUUUUAAUAUCUUGCAUUUAAGAUAUCAUGUCACCUGUGGAAGUAUGGGUGGGUCCUUGGAGGCCACACAGACCAAGGGGCCCCAUCGCUGCAAUGUAUAACAGUCCAGGGCCAACAUAUGCUCUGCCAGGGGCAACUGGAAUAAACAACCAUGACCCGCGGAUGCAGAAAGGCCCAGCAUUUAGCUUCGGCACACGUCAUCGUGGCUUACAGACCAACUCUUCCCCAGGUCCCAGUUACCUCGUUCCCUCCAACAUCACCAGGGUGGGUCGGGAUGGAACCCCUGCAUACUCUGUCUAUGGCCGACCCAAGGAUAUUAAGCCCUUCCAGACUCCUGGCCCAGGAAGUUACUCCCCUGAAAAUGCAACAAAGACCACUUAUUACUUGGCUCCUGCGUUCUCUCUGUCUGCAAGGACUAAACUGUUCCGUAAUGAUCAAACACCAGGUCCAGCUGCAUACAUGCUUCCCCCAGUAUUGGGGCCAAGAGUUGUGAAUAAAGCAUCCGCCCCAAACGUCUCCUUCUGCAGUCGUAGUGUUAUCGGCAGCUUCCAUGAAGAUCUACGGAAGACUCCAGGCCCAGGGACCUACCAAGUGGUGGAUUCAUGUGUGUACAAACACAAGUCCCCUGAGUACAGCAUCACUGGACGCAACUUCACACCUGGAGACUUUACCAAGAAACCUGGACCUGGAGCCCACCAUCCAGAAAAGGUUACUUUCACAGGAACCAAAGCUCCCAGCUAUUCCUUUGGAAUUCGUCACUCCGAGUACAUCGCUCCCAUAAUUGUGGAUGGGGCUGAUUAAAUGGGUCUGUUCUGUCCUUGUGAAUUCUGUUAAGCAAGUUACGGUCUCUCAUAUCAGGUCUUAAUAUUGCUAAAACAUAACUUGAAUUAAUGGUGUUUCAGUUAAAAAGGCUCCAAGAUGCAUAUUUGUGCUGCUGCCACAACAUGAGAAAUAAGCUCCAUUCCAAAACUAAGUGAACCAAGUCUACCUAGACUAGCAUUUUAACACAUCAGAGACACAAUCUACUAGUUCUUGGUCUGACUGCACCUUGUCGAGUCCAUGUUCUUUCAUAAUGGCAGUCCAAGUAAAAAAACAAGGUUACCCCCCCCCCAAAAAAACCCAAAAACAAACUAGUUAUACAAUAAUAUCUAAAUUCUCUCAUGUUCACCAAGGCUGCAUUUAUUUGAUCAAAAAUAUGGGAAAAACGGUGAUACUGUGAAAAUAUAAUUACAAUAACUGUUUUCUGUUUAAAUAUAUUCUAGAAUAUGAUUUCUUUCUGUGAUUGGCAAAGCUGAAUUUUUGCAUGUCUGCUCACAAAGUUUUGGAAUGGCAUGAUGUUGACGAACGGCACUGAUGAUUACUGUGUUAAUCAAGAAAGAAAGUAAAUCUUUGAAUCAAAAUACUUUAUUGUUGUAACUUUUAUUUUCUUCAGUCAACUGAAAAUGUAAGCUUUGCUCAAUGCAAAGCAGACAAAAGCAGGAACAAUAUUUACAUGGACAGUGCAGUAGUUCAUUAUUACAUUCUAUUUUUAGUCUUUUUACAAAACUUUUUUUUCUUCAUGCUAUAAUACAUUUAUUGAGUCUUUCUUAAUAAAAUACACUUUCUCUGAAAAACAUAUGCAGUCUUACUUCAAA